ACGAGUAGCAUAGCGUCAGUCAAACAUGGCGGAAAACUGCAUUUACCUUACAAGGCAUUUGAACCCUGUAUGAUUGCCACCAUGGAUACUGGGCUGUUAUCACUGAAGUGGAAUAAUCAUGGAACCACUUUCUUCCACGUCUUGUCCACGAUACGGAGAAAGGAAUCGUACAGUGAUGUAACACUAGCAUGUGAAGGCAAGUUUUAUCCUGUGCACAAACUGGUGCUCUCAACAUGUAGUGAAUAUUUUGAGGAAAUAUUCAACCGCACCCAGUGCCGCCAACCAGUGAUAGUUCUAAAAGACAUAAGGCACAGUGAACUGGAAGCCCUCCUUAAUUACAUGUACUUAGGGGAAGUGAAUGUGCUGCAGGCUGAUCUAGCCGGACUGAUCAAAGCAGCCGAGUGCUUGAAAAUCAAAGGUUUGGCUGUUCCAGAUGAGGCCCCAUCCCCUAGAAAUGCCAGUAGAGACACUAAGAGAAGUGCUAGUUUACGUGAAAGUCCCCAGCAGUCUAAGAGACUGAGGGGAGACGAUGACAUUCAUAAGGAUUCUCGAGAGGGGAGGGAACAUGCACGUUUUAACAUGUCCCGUAGUGUCCCCUCUCACUCUAGUGAUAGUGUAUCUAAUUCAUUAGCAUCUCAAUCUGGUCUGGAAUCUUCAAGAGACCAGAGGGAAGUGCAUGAACGGCCGCCCGAUAGCGAUAGAUUAAGUGAAGUACGGCAGAAUGAAGCUCCUUCCUCGUCACCUAGUCAACCUGUAGAAAUAGUAUCCGAUGAACCAGUAGUUAAAACGGAAAUUUUAGACGAGCCAAAAGAAGAGGACGAGAGUAAUGACAAUUUAUUGAAUUCUGAUAGCAGCCUCGCAUAUGACCCCCUCACCUCUGGCAUGCAAGGUGAGGGGGUUAGUGAGGGAGGGCAGGGAUUUGAUCACCAAAUCCUAACGUCUCAGCCACAAACAAUGGAAGAACUAGUCGCACAAGCCAUGCCAGGGACCUCUGGCAUGCAGGGGGAUUCCCUUGUUGGCUGGGGAGGGAAUCAGGCAGGGGGAGGUGGAGGAGGAGGAGGCAGUGGUAGCGACCUCUCCCGAUUCCCCCUCGAUGCAUUCCAAGUGGAUGACUCCCAAGGGGGUUCUCAGGGCUCCGGGGGACCACAGCAGCAACAACAGCAGCCGAUGGGUGGUGGCGCAAGUAGCCAGGCAGCCGUAUGGGCCCGUGCCAUGGCCGGACACUCUCCGGGGGCCAACCACCAGUGCACUUACUGCCCCAAGCGCUUCUUCCUGCGAUCCGACCUGACAAGACACCUGCGCACUCACACUGGGGAGAAGCCUUUUAAGUGUCCGUACUGUGACCACAGCACUGCUAUCAAGUACAAUCUGAAGAAGCAUCUCAUCAGUCGGCAUAAUGUGGUGGAACAAGGCAUUAAAGUGGAGGCCCUACCAGGAAGGCAACAAGUCAGCGAGUCCUUCCCCAGUUUCUCGUGGGGCAAUACAUCAGUGUCUCCAUUACCAGCCGUUCUUUCGCUUCUACAGCGGGGAGGUAUGCUCGCUUCCAGCCAGUCUAGGAACUUGACUGAAAAUACAACAGAGAGCUUUAAUCCCACUAUGUGGGGCAACAACAAAGUAUCUAUCUCCAGAGUCACACCUGCUAGUUGUUCCUCCUUAGACAUCACAGAAAGCAUCGCCUCUCAGUCUUGGACGAGCGCCCCUACGUCACAGAUGGCCGUGUUUGAGAAGUCACAAGAUUCGAACACAUCACAGGGAUACUGUGUGUCACAGGACUCUGAUAACAUUCCAGGUUCCACAUCAGGCAUGUGCUCAGUCCAAGACACUACACAGAACACAUCUGCAGAGGAUUGGAAGCCACCACCUGACAUUGAAUUCCCCAAUUUCCAGUCUUUACAAGAGUCCGAGAACUUGCCCGUGUCGUCUUCCGAUAGAUUUGUUGCCGGCAAUUCCAUCGAUAGUAAUGCAUCUCCACCGUGGAGCACUAACCAGGCUCCUCAGCUUACUAUGUCUGAUCCAUCACCAACUCUGGAGAAUGUAGCUGGGGCACCUUCAAGUUCAUGCCCUUCUGCAGGAAAUGUUGACAGCAGUGCAUCACAAUCAUCAAGCGACUCAGAAUAAGCAGGUUGUUCCAGCCGUCUAGCUGGGCUCCAGACGCACAUCUCCCGGAAUGGUGAUGCCAGGCCAGACAACAAGAAUGCCAGGAAACGUUCCUUACGAAGCUCAGUCAUCAAGUCCUGCCCUCACCUUGCCAUCGGCCUCCUCAUCGGCUUCCUCAUCUCGCG